GAGGAGGAGAUUUAUAGGACAACAGCAGCAGGAGGAAGAGGAGGAGGAAUCCUUACAAGCAGCAGCACCUCGUCUUCUUCAGCUCCAGGAGGAUGGAGGGGUCUCAGCGGCUCAGUUUGCCCAGAGCCUGAAGCCCUCGCUGGGCCUCACUUCCUGUCCCGCCCCCCCUCUGUGAGGAAGGUUCUCCGUCUGUCUGUCUUUAUUCUCCUGAAACAUGGACAGCUUCCGGCUGCCGCCCGUCAUCGAGGAGGUUCUGGAUGCAUCCGACGAGCUGUGUGAGAUGAAGGAGACGAGGCCGAUCAUGCUGGGAGAAACUCUGACGGACAAAGAGAGGGAAUCUCUGGAGGAGAAGGAGGAGGAGAAGGAGGUGAUGGAGGAGGAGGAGGAGGAGGAGGAGGAGGAGCUGAGGUCUCAGGUGUUCCAGCUGAUGAUGGAGCUGGCCGACAGCAGAGAGGUUUCUCAGAGACAAGAGGAGAACGCUCUGGAGCUCCAGGGUCUGCUGGAGGAGGAGCGUCUGGCCAGCGCUCACCAGGCGGAGAGUUUCACCCGACAGAUCCAGAGACUGCAGGGGGAGCUGCACUCGGCUCAGGAGGAGCUGGACCGCCUGGAGGAGGAGAAGGAGGCGGAGCUUCAGGACCUGCAGGAGGAGCUCCGAUUGGCUCAGGAGGAAGUGAUGCUGCUGCAGGCGGCGGCCGAGGAGGCGGCGGCGGAGCGAGAGAACGACAUCGCGUACCUUCAGGAGGAGCUUCAGAGGCUCAGGGCCGAGAUAGGCAGGAGACAACAACAACAACAACAACAGAACACAGGUGAUCUGAAGGAUGAGUUUGUCUCUCUGUCGGAUGAACGUCGUUUUCUGAGCAGCGACAACAAAGAUCUGAGCGGGAAAGUCGAGAAGCUUCAGCGAGACACAGGGACAGAGGGUUCUCUGUCUGUCACAGAGGGUUCUCUGUCCGUCACAGAGGGUUCUCUGUCCGUCACAGAGGGUUCUCUGUCCGUCACAGAGGGUUCUCCGAAAU